AUGGAACGAGUGGUGGUAACGGUGAGUGGCUACCAUGGCUCCGAGCGAUUCAAUCUCAUCAAGCUGAUUUCUCACGCAGGCGCCAAUUACGUUGGCGCCAUGUCCAAAUCCAUCACGCACCUGGUAUGUUGGAAAUUUGAAGGAAAGAAAUAUGAUAUUGCUCGGAAGUUUGGAAUGCAUGUAGUUAACCACCGAUGGAUUGAAGACUGCAUAAAAGAGGGAAGGCGUGUCCUAGAAGAUACUUAUACCUGGCAAAGUGGUCAUGAAGUAGGGCCGUUGUUGCUGGAAGUUCCACUCAUUGUUCGAGCAAGUAGCUUGACAAAGAAUAAAGUGGUUAGUGACAGGUUACAUGAUACUGGGUCUGAAAAGCGAGAAAACAACUUCAGUCCUGGAGCUUCUGGAACUUCUGUUUCGGAAGAUUCUUGUUUAAUGAAAAGGCAUGAGGAGUCAAGUUCGUAUUCAGCUAGAUUGUCAAGGAAAGGAAAAAGAAAUAUUUGCAACAUUAAUGGAGUUAGUAGUGUGGCUGGACCUUCUCGUAAAGGAAGAAGACUUGCAACAAAUUUUGUUGAUGAAGUGGUGUUGGAUCCUCCAAAUUUGGAUUUAAGCCCAGAGGACCACCUUUUUAGAAUGGAUAGACUACACACUAAUGCUGCAGCUACCUCUAGCCUUUCUGGUGGUGUCAAUAGUAACAAUAUUCUUGAAAAUAGUCAAGGACCCGUUGCUAGAUUAAGUAAUGGAAGUGAAACUAUCAACGGAGGUUCAGAUAAUAUUGAACAGUUCAAAGAUUUAAGUCAUAUGUCUGCGGUAUCUACGAAUAGACAUUCAACUUUUAUUGUAGAAGAUCCCCUACCUGAGGCAGAAACAUCAAUAGAUUUAUGUUCCGGUGAUGAUGAAAAGUUCACAGAUGGUGAUCAGGUUGAUAGUGUUGCUCGCUUACCUACUUCAACAGAGAUGUCAUGCGUUAUAUGUUUCACAGAUUUUAGCUCAACAAGGGGAAUUCUGCCAUGUGGUCAUCGAUUUUGUUUUCCAUGCAUCCAGAGUUGGGUUCAUCAUAGGACUGCUAUGGGAAAAAUAUCAACCUGCCCUUUGUGCAAGGCAAGUUUUGUGAUGAUUAAGAAAGUUGAGCAUGCAGUAACCACUGAUCAAAAAGUGUACUCCCAGACAAUCCCAUGGGACAAUUCAGCCUCAGAUAUUUUUCUCCCCAUGGAUCCUGAAUUAUCAGAUAAUAUCUUUGAGUCCCCACAAGCUGGCGCUUGUGUAGUUUGCCUUGGUAGGGAACCUGAGGAUCUCCUCGAGUGUUGUGACGUUUGCCGGACUCGAAGGAUCCAUUCCUAUUGCAUGGACCCUCCUUUACGGCCGUGGACAUGCAGUCACUGCAAGGAACUUCGGAUGCUGUAUCGUAAUCACUCCUAUUAG